UUUUCACAUACUUGUUCGGUUUGUGUAGUUUGCACUUUGAACUUGCGUUCUUUCUAUAUAUUGCCGAACUUAAGUGCGCGUGUCCGUGUCCUGUUGGUCCUUGCGUUCAUCAUUCAGAUUCUCACAGAACUCGUUGCUGUGCACACCGCGAAUACCUGCACGCGCUUGUUUUAAUCCUGGGAGAGAAAACGAGAGAGAGUGGAAAAAGGAUAGACAGAGAGCGUUUUCGUCAUUAUUUUCAUUGAUAACAAGAAAGCAAGUGAAAGCCAGAAACGCCGCCGCUCGCCAUCCGCCCCUUCACCCACACUCCAGUGUUAAUGUGCGAAAUAUUGAAUUAAACUAGUUCGACCGUGUGGAGGCCCUUGUAAUUAAUUUAUUUGCUCGGCUUUAAAUUCAGCUUUAAUUUAAUUUUGCCUCGCUCGACGGUCCAAAGUUUCAAGUUCGCGUUGUGUUUACCAAUUAUAGAUUCCGGCGCAACAGAGAGGUUUCGUUUUUCUGACUUUUUUGGCAACAGCAAAGCCUUGUUCGCGUUAGUACGUACACGUGCGCGCUUCUCUUGUCACACCACCACCGACCACUCCAUUGUCGUAGCCAAUUAACAAAGGCAAAGGACAGCAUCAUCGCAUCAAUAUGACGCACUGGGAGGACUUCUACAACACGCAUCUGCCACCCGCAGAUUUUGAGGAUAACCGUUCGUUGCUGAAAGAGUUCUGCGAACGACACAAUAAGCUGCAGAAUCGCAUUGUCCUCGUAACGUCUGGUGGAACUACAGUGCCACUGGAGCAUAAUACCGUACGAUUUGUGGACAACUUUAGUGCUGGAACUCGGGGAUCUGCCUCGGCGGAAUACUUUCUGGAUAAUGAUUACGCUGUCAUCUUCAUGCAUCGGCACAAAUCUCUCGAGCCCUUUACACGUCACUUCACAGGACAGCAAUUCUUCGAUAUGCUAGACAUAGCGGACAAUAGUCAAAGCUCGACGAUAGCCAUCAAGCCGGACUCGGUGGAUGUAUUUGCGCCAGUGCUGGCCAAAUAUAAAAUAGCACGCGAGACACAAAUGAUUCUGUACGUGAAUUUCACCAGUGUUGUGGAUUAUAUGUGGCUCCUUCGGGCCGCCUGUGAGUGUCUGACAGCGUUUGAGGAGCGUGCGGUUUUGUAUUUGGCGGCGGCUGUCUCCGAUUUCUAUAUACCCGAGGAUAUGAUGCCCACACAUAAAAUGCAAUCGGGAGAUGGGGCUCCAACAAUUUCAUUGCAAUUGGUGCCAAAAAUGUUGGCACCCCUGGCCAGCCUCUGGGUGCCGCAUGCCUAUGUUGUAUCCUUCAAGCUGGAAACGGACGAGAGCUUAUUGAUUGUAAAGGCACGUGACAGCCUCAACAAAUACAAGCAUAAGCUGGUCAUUGCCAAUGUUCUACAGACACGCAAACAUCGUGUGGUAUUUGUCACGCCCACAGAUUCCUUUGAGUUGCAUUUGACUCGCGAACAAACGUUGCAGGGCCUAGAAAUCGAGGAACCGAUUGUUGCCGAUGUGGUGCAAAGGCACAGCGAAUACAUCAACAAUGCCCAACAGCGCCAAUGACCGUUAUCAAUGCGUCGCCGGCAGCAGCAGUCACAUCCUCAAAAUCAGCUGGCCACUGGACCGGUCGACGCUGCCGGAGACUAUUGCGUGACCAGUUCACAAUAUUGCCGUGUGCUCAAUCCAGGCACGCCAAGCUUUAGCCGCAAAUAUUGAGCAGGUUAUAUAUUUGAAAUUAGUCUAUAUACUUCAUAUUUUUGUUUGUUUGUUUUCCCCUUUCUACAUUUUGAGUUUUGCAGUUCCAAUUUUCUGUCUAUAUUCCUGUUUCUGUUUCUGUUCUAUAUAUAUGUAUAUGUAUAAGGAGAUAUCUAUUUACAGUCAUGUCUCAUAAUUGAUGAUAUUCCUCAUCCUGUCCCUUUGUAGUUGUAUUCGCUAAUGUAUUUGUUUGAGAAAUGAUGUCACUAUGUUCUACUCGUUUCCUUUUUUGUUUGCCCCGCCGUUUAUGUCAUCAAAGUAUACGCAGGACAUCAAUAAACAUUUUCAUAUUUGAUUUAUGUUCUAUGGAA